AUCUGCUGCCCGAGCCUUAUUGCCGGCGCACGAGUGUCAAGAAACACGAAAAUACCUGAUGCUUUUACGGCACCAGUAUGCUUCGAACGUUAAUUCUUCGUCUCGUGCACCACUUAAUAGCUUUUGUUGAACUUAUUGUAGGAUUUCUGAAAUUUUUUCCUCAGUACAACAUUCUUUCUAGUAAAAAAUGUCUUCCUGCGAAAGUACAAGCAGACGCCAAACAACUUCGGAAACUCCCUCAACACAUCGGACUGAUUGUAGUGGAAAAUGAUAUUUCUUAUAAAGAUUUGGCAAAUAUUGUGGUGUGGUCUGUUACAAUGGGAAUUUCAUACAUCAGUAUAUACGACGUAAACGGAGAAAUUAAAAGAAACAAUAUGCAGCUACAGAAAGAGAUUGAAGACAGCAGAAGAGAAAUGAGUUUUGACAAAGAAAAUACAGCUAAUGAAAUUUGGAUAUACUGCCAUGGUCUUUAUACAGAACAGAGGGCAAUAGGCUGUGGUGGCAAGAAGGCAUGGGUCCAUCUGUUGAGUGCUGAAGAUGGGCAGCAAUCACUGUCACUUGUAGCCCGUUGCUUGUGCAAGCAGGUGUCCACACAGCAGACUCUAGCAAAGGACAUCUCUUCUGACCUGGUUGAUAAGCUUCUUCAUGACAUAUAUUCAUUUCCAGAUCCAGACCUUUGUAUCAAGUUUGGAUCCUGUGAUAGUCUGUUGGGGUACCUUCCUUGGCAUAUUCGUCUCACAGAAAUUUUGUUUGUACCAUCACAUCGGGGACUAUCCUACCCAGCUUUUUUCUCCACCAUGACACUUUAUUCCAAAUCAGAACAGAGGUUUGGAAAGUGAGAUAUGAUAUGGACUGUCAAACACUGCUGGAUCACAUUCACAAGAAUGGUGCAGGAAAGAAUUGGUGUAGUAUUUAAGUCUCAGAUCUGACAUUUUGGAGGACAACAAGACUUACAAAAUUAGAACUGCUGGUUGAAUGGACUGCAGGACUCUCAGUGACAAAGGCUGAGUGUUGAUGUACUAAUAUUCAGCCAUCAGGUACCUGGUGGUGUAGCCUAUGUUUGUGUGAAUAUGUAUAUUUGUGCAUGUGUGCGUUUGUGUGUGUGUGUUCAAAAUCUCUUAAACUUAGAUCCAUUGGUGAAUGGGUGUAAUUCCUAGGCUGCAUCUUGAAGUAGACAUAUUAUUGCCACAUAGACUCUUUGGCAUUUUUGUUCAGUAAAGAACUACACAAUUUACUAUUUCUGAGAAAAAUACAAAGACUAUGUUAAAGAUUGCUCUUCUUACAUGCGCAGUUCCAUAUUUUCCUGUGAGCUGUGUAGAAACUCUAGGACAUAGAAUGUUUAGCAAUUAAAGCCUAGGAGCCUGAAGAAUAUUUCCUGGAAUACAUCUUGUUUUUUCCUUACUUUUUUUUAUUUUUGAAUGCUCUUUUGCUGAUAUGACAAAGCUAUAUGCAAAAUCUUUCGGACACGAUGCACGUCAUAAGCAGAGUUUUGUUGUUAAUGCUGGUGAUAUUUCAUGUUAGCAGUGUGUGUGUGUUGUAAAUGUGUGUUCGAUGUGUGUGUGUGUGCUGUAUAUGUGUUUGUGUGUGGGGAUGUAUUGGGAAUAAGAAUACAUGGAUGAGGCAAUGAGGCCAAGCUCAGAAGCCCAAGCUUAUUGGUUAGCUUCUCAGAACAAGCCUAACAUCUUUGAUGUUCAAAUUCAAUAUUUCAAAGAGACCACAAGCUUUUAAUGUGUGUGAAAAAAAUGGCAAUGACAAUUAUUGUAUGAAAAUUAAUACAUGGUCGCCUUAACUUUGAAGACCAGGAAAGGUGGUUUUUGCUACAAGGUGUGGAGCAUUGUAGUACAUGUACUUUGAAUUAUAAAAAUAAUAAAUAGGAAAAUUUUAAAUGAUCGGUAUAGUUCGUUAUGUCAAGAGAAAAGACUGAAUCAGGACAUGAUAUCAACAUAUUUUUUGUAUGAAAAUUUUCUUGUGCGGCAACUUUUUUAUGUCAUAGUUUUUUCUUGCUGGAGACUACCAUUAAUAUAGGAGAUGUUGGUCACAUUUCUUGAUAAAUAUAAUGCUAUUGUAGUUAAGCGAUGAAUUUGGGAUAUCUCCUGCUUCCUGAAAUGGAUCAGAACUGCUUGAAAGCCUUCACGUUAGCUUAUAAGGAUAGUUAUUUUUUUUAACAAGCAAGAUAGCUGUUGGUGAUGGUCACAUUUUUCCUGUAUUUUUUAUAGGUAAAGUAUUUGAGGUGCUUAUGCAAACGCCAGCCAUUUUGAACUUUCUUUUGUAGCAUUUUUAUGGAUCCCAAUUUACUAGUGUUAAAAAUAGUUGUCUUAAGUACGUAUGGCAUUUUGUAGGGACACCACAUUUUUGAAUAUUAUUAAUUUUUUUUUAUUAAUAACAUACAAGAGCUAUUAGUUGAGUAAAAUUAAUAUUAGAUAUUAAUGAUAAAAUUAGAAUUGAGGAUUUUCUUUUUUCAUUUCAAACUUUGAUGAUCAUUGUAAGUGAGAGACAAGCCCUGAAAAAAAAUGGAAGAAGGAGUAGUGCCAAUAAUUCUUGUUUGAAUGAACUGCUUGUUAUAUUUUCCAAACAACUAUUAGUGCAAAAUCUUUAACAGUAAUGUUUAGCUGGUGUUCUGUGGUACAGUGGUAAAUAGAUUGUCACCAGUUCUUAGGCAUAUGCUAUUGGUUAUAAACAAACUUGUUAUGGGAAAGGGGGAAUCAGGAAGCCUAGCUUGUGUGAUGCUGUGGCUGCUGCGUGCGAUAUCUCCUUGACAAGUCUGCAAUCGUGUCGCCAUAGCAGUUAGUUGCCCCUUGAUGUCGCUGGGCGUAGUUCUUCCAGGCACGAACUGGGGUUGUAGGUUGCAGAUGUCCGAGAGUUCAGAGUCCAUCAGAUUAAUUUUAACAGCACGGAUCGCAGAUUUCUUACACAGUCAUAUUUAAAAGAUUUGAGGGCAGGUACGUCUACCGGUCUACCGUGCAGUUGGGCACAGCAGAUAAUAAGAGUAGCUCACACCGAGAGAGGGGUGGGGUUGGGGUUUGCAUGCUUGAUUUCUACUCAGUAGCCACCAUUUCGACUCACACCCGAUAAAACUGUCCGACUCCCGUCUGUCUUGUCCAUGUGUGUCAGGUCCGGUCCACAUCUUGAAUCGUCACAAGCCGCCUCCGCAUUGGAUGAUAUGCAGUUACGAGAUUCUGAGCUGAGAGAAAUAAAAAUUAAAGUUGUUAAUAA